AUAUAUCGCUAGCUCAAAUGUUAUCCCUAGCAUUUCAGCGGCGCGAAGUUUUUGUUUUUUAGGGUUUUAUGAUUGUAAUACGACGGUAAAUAAUUGCACCAUUGAAACAGGGGACUGAAAUGGACUUCGAUACCGCUAAGGAGAACAUCCAACCGUUAGCGAGCGGUCGCAACGUUAGCCUGCUGCAGGCCUCACUCAGCCUGGACUCCGCGCAGGGCCAGGAGCUAGUUGCGCAGCGCAGCAAGUUGAAGAAGGAAUUGGAGAACUAUACCGGCGAGGAUCCCCUGGACCCAUGGCACGCAUACAUCUGCUGGAUCGAGCAGAGUUAUCCGGCGGGCGGCAGCGAAUCCAAAUUGCAGGUGGUUCUGAAGGACUGCCUCACAAAAUUCGAAAAGGAUGUUCGCUACCAGCAGGACAGGCGGUUCAUCAAGCUGUUUAUUAAAUUUGCGCAAGAGCUGAAGAACCCUAUCGAGUUGUACCAGGAAAUGUAUAGUCGCGGGACUGGCACGAUGCUCGCGGAUUUCUACAUCGCCUGGGCGUACUGCUGUGACUUGAGCGGCAACAUGCAAAAGGCCGACGAGAUCUUUCGCCUGGGUCUCCAGUGCCGGGCCCAGCCGCUCGAGGAGCUAAGGGAAGCCCACCAGCACUUCGGGUAUACGGUGGGUCAGCGCAUGUUGUACUCUGACGGCGAGCAGGCCGACGCAGUCAACCAAGAGCUGCACGAGCGUCGGUUGGCCUUGCAGUCGUUAAAGGGACGUCGCCAACGGGGGUCCAACACUAUUACGGUGGGAAGCGUGCGUACCGGAGCUGCCGUAAAGAGCGAAUUUCCGGGUGUGGUGCAGAUGGGUGGCCCUAGCACCAGCCGCAUGCAGAAUUCUGAUCGUAACGUGGAGGUUUUCAGAGACGAGAACGGCGCCAUGCUGUCUGCGGUGCCUCAAGAGGUGAAAACAAGCCACACCUCGAUCGUCGAGGCAGCUCGCGGGAUAGAAAACCUCAAGGAGUCAAUGCCCUGGAACAAGGCUCACGCCAAGACCCACAAGCACGGCAAAAUCUUCUCCGGCGACUCCUCGCCAGAGCUGGGCUUCGAUAUACAUGUCGACGAGUAUGUUUUUCCACCCAUCACCAACUACGAACGACGCUUUGACAAGCCCUUUCGAUUUCCCCCCAAUUUCGUGGCUAAGAACAAGCCAUUGGAGACAUGGGUGACCCAAGUAACAAUUGAGCAGGAGCCGGAAGCAAAUGCAGUGCCGUGUUAUAACAAACCAUUGCUAUACCCGCGACCCAAUAUAGAACUCUCCCCCGAGGAGUAUCGUGGCUACAUUUAUCUUAGAAGACAUGAGCCGAAGCAUCCGUUGGUCCUCCGUAACGACCCGUGGUGGGGCACUGGUGGGGAGCUCAGAGGAAUACGCCUCUACCCAAACUUCGCCACCGCCUCCAAGCCGCAAGCGCUGGACGAGCUAGACAAGUAUUUUAAACCGCCAAAAGUGCCCAACAUUCAAGUCGAUUUCGACCAGCUCUAUAACGACGAUGAGCAGACAGAGUACCAACAGGAGGAGUUGCUGGCAGCCAAGUGGCGGCAGAAACGUAAUCUUACAGUCAUUGGCGACUUUGAUAUGGAUGAGACUGCAUGCCUGCCCGAGGACAAAAUGCCGCGCCGCAAGAGUUUCUUUCCCUCUUCCUCCAGAAAGUCAAUGAUGCCGCGCAGAGAGGAUCGCGCGGAGGUUACGGAACCGGCAGCCCUAGGAGACGAUGCUCCGGCAACGUCGUCUGAUGUCUUGCGUCAACCCGCUGCCUCAUCGCAACCGCCUGUUACGACCGAGCAGCCCAAGGUGCAUAUACUUGAGGAUCCCGGUUCAACCGGUUCAACUGCAGAUGUUAAAUUUGCUGUGCCAGAUCCGCCUCUGCGUACUAUACAGAUUUACCAGGACCCAGAUGAGCCAGAGUCUGCGCCCGUAACUAAAGCACCUGUUUUCGACGCAGAUGAAACGUGCUCUACGCAAAUGUUCAACAUGUUCAUAAAAUCUCAUGGCAUAAGUACGCCGAAGGGCCCGCAGAAGCAGGCUCCAUCCCGGCAGUUUGGCACUGUGCUUAAGGAGCUGUCGCCGACGGAGGAGCCCGCUUCCUCUCCCACCUCUACCGAGUUUCCGGUGGAUUCGCACUCACCCAUGUUACGCAAACAGCUUUCGACCAUCUUGGAGACCUCGGAACACGGCACUCAAAGUUCGGCGGCCACUAACGCCACUACUAAGUCGACCAUUACUUCAACUUCUUCUUCCCCCGGCUCACGCACUACACCCACUCUGGCCGCCACCCCUGGACCAUUGAGGCAGCAGCGCCUGCCUGGCCUUGAUAGCUCCACAGUUAAUGAGGAACAGGAGAAGAGGGCUGGCCAUAAUUUUUCGCGCCGAGAGCUUUGGGAGCAAAAUGCUCCCAGCGUGCCGAUGAUGAAAUCGCUGCGUUUCCAGGAGGAUAAGACUGAGACGAUUCCUAGAGCUCUGCCCUGCUUCCAGGAAGACAAAACCGAAACGUUGCCGCGACUGCCUGUCGGUUUACCAGAGUGCGCGAUAGCUGCUGGACUGCUGACACCACCGAAGAUUCCAACGCUCGAUGACGAUGACCUUUGCGGGCUCUUUGCAAAGACGCCGCCAAAGAUGAAGACGUUUGGCUCUUCCAUUUCACAGGACGCUUCGCGGCGUAUUUGCGAGCGAAACACUUCCGAAAUGUUUUCGAAGCCACCGAGAAGCACUCGGGACUCGAUUGGUGUCUCCUUUGUUGAGACCAUCGGUAAACCUUCGGCCGCACCUGAUGGCUGCCAGCUGGCGGACUCCUUCAUGAACGAAUUGUCCUUUGUUCCCGAGACACAGCCCGUGAAUGAACCCGGCGCUCCGGCUACGCAACAGAAGUUCGAGAUCUUCCUCGACGAGACACAGCCAGAGAUGAUAAAGCCAAAACCACCAAUGGGCUGCAGUUUUAGCUUGGACUGCACGGUGCCCGAAACGCAGCAGUCAGUAGUGCAUAAGGAAGCAGCUAAGAAGCCGGAGACUGUAGGACCAUCGCACAUGAUCGCUUCGUUCAUGAAUGAUUGCACAGAGCUGAGUAGCUGUCCGCCACAACUUCCGCUAUCCUCGGGAACUCUGAAGUUCGCCAGCGAUUCUCCCAGCUCAAGCCAAUCAAAGAGUAGUGGAGGGCACUCCGAUAACUUCUUCGAACUAAAUGCUGCCACGGAGAUGUUUGCCACUAACAUUAGCAUGAUUAAGAAUUCCACGCUGCUUCCUCCGUCCGUAGUUUCAAAUCCACCAGCUGACAAAGCUGGGGGAGAGGAUGAGCGAGAUGACAACGGAGACCUGAGCAUUUAUUACAAGUCCACACCGCUAACGCCUAAGCAAUCGCACCGUUCCUGGUGCCAUUCUGAUAAUGAUAAUGAUAGUGAUACACUUCCGCGAGAUCAUUUCGUACACCCCAAGUUAAACACAGACAAGACAGUCGUGAUCCAAACGGUCCCCGAUAACAAUAUAAACCCCUUUAACAUAGACCUCAUUGGUUCCCUGCUGGACGAAAUUGACUUCUCACAGUACAUCGAGAAGCUACCGCACUGCCAAUUGGUGGGCCAUGUCAAACGUCUGCGUCCCAAUGCCCAAGUGGAGGUGAAUGGCGAGCAGUUUGAAGUGGUCAAGAUGCUUGACAAGGGUUCGUACGGAACUAUCUACACGGGAAAACACGUUAAGACCGGGAAGAAGGUGGCUUUAAAGCAGGAGCGGCCAGCCAACUACUGGGAGUUCUACAUUACCCUGGAGGUUCACAGUCGACUAAGCAGCGAGCAAAUGUUUUCAGCAUAUACACACUUUGAUUAUGCACUGGUGGGCAACAAUUGCAGUGUCUAUAUCUCGGACUUCUCGGAUUAUGGUUCGCUGAUCUCCGUGUGCAACAAAAUAAAGAGUGGCACGGGCAAGAACCUGGACGAGUACGUUGUGAUGCAUCUAAGUUGCCAGAUGCUCGACAUCGUGGAUCAUCUGCACGCCUUGGGCAUAAUUCACGCCGAUAUUAAAGCGGACAACUUUCUCCUUAUGAAACCGUUGUGCGCGCAUCCCAAUGAGGUUAGCCUGCAGCUUAUUGACUUUGGCGUGUCUAUCGACACCAGGCGCUUUCCGCCCAAUCAAACAUUCAAUUAUGUGCACCACCACGAGCUGUUCAAGUGCAUUGAGAUGCGCACCAAUCGGCCGUGGACGUACCAGCUCGAUUUAUUCGGCCUAGUGGGUGUCAUGCAUGUCCUGCUCUUCGGUAGCUAUAUGGAAGUUGUGAAACGGAGUACGAGUGGAGUUUGGAUGCCGAAAACUGCUCUUCCGCGCUAUGUCCAGCGGCAGAUGUGGGAGACUAUCUUCAGGACGCUGCUUAAUAUUCGCGACUGUCGUACAAUGCCCAAUCUACAAGAACUGCGCAUGCUGCUCAAAUCCGAGCUAGCUGAAAAGGAAAAAUAUGUUGCCGAGGCCAUUAGCAAAUUCAAUAUGAUACUGCAUAAGGAGUGACCUAAUUUGUAUUGUUGACUAUAGGUUAUAAGCUCAUAAAAUAUUCCAAGUCGUUCUAGGUAGGCUCAUAUAAAUAAAGAUUUUUAAUUUA